AUGUCUGACAAUGGCACGCAGCCUCAAACACGUUCCCGACGCCCGAAACGGUUGCCUGUAAAGACCAGUGAUGAUAAUGUCCUGGGAAUUUCUUGGAAAGAGGAGAGAGAACUGCGUCGUGCCAUCUAUGUUUCUUUACGUGAUCAACACCAUCCAUCACCAGGACAAUCGUGGGUAAUCUCGAAAUUGCGUUCUCGUCGAUCAUCACGCACGAAUCGAUCUGACAAUCUUCGACCGACCAAUCCUCCGCCGGGCACUUAUUUGCUUCGUGGCUCCCGCCAGCGUUUCUCCUCAGCCAUUUCGGGAAUCACGGAUGUCUCAAACAACGUGCGACCUAAUGGCAAUAAUUUGCGGCGUGCGAAACUGAGGGCCACUGCUCGUUUGAAUGGGAUCACUAGCCCCUUGAGUCGUCUGAAUUCACCAGAUUGGUCCAGCACGUUCUCUAACGGUAUCCCUAACUCUUCCCCGACCACGUACACGAAUAUGCCCGUCAAGCGCAGUGAUGUGAGUAUUUGCAGUUUCUAUGUGUCCACUGGUGUCCACUAUAGAUAA